AUGUCCGGCCUAGUCUCCGACGAGGUCGCCGAGGACUACAAGAGUUCCUUGGAGGAUCUCACUGGCAAUGACCGAUUCCAGAUCAGCAACUUGACCGUUAUAGCCAAGGAGAACACCGAGCAUGCCAUGGCCAUCUCCCGCGUGCUGGAGAAUCACAUUCGAUCAACACCUCCCCAGCAGAAACUACCUGCCUUGUAUGUAGUCGACUCCAUCGUCAAGAAUGUCGGGACCCCUUAUACGCUGUUUCUGGGGCGAAACAUGUAUCAGACCUUUAUGAAUGCGUACACCUUGGUCGAUACUCAGACUCGUCGCAAGUUGGACGAGAUGCUGAAGACGUGGAAGGAGCCUGUCCCGGGUUCGCUGGACACGCGCCCGGUCUUCCCUCCCGAAAUCACUCGGAAUAUCGAGAGCGCCCUCAUCAAGGCCCGUACAGCCGCCUUGCAGCAGGAACAGGCCCGAGGCAGUCGCGAUAUUCUCAAUCGCGGCCGUGGCACUGGCACGCCACCGGGCAUGUCUCGACCAGCCAACAACCAUCACGGCACCAACGGCCAGGCUUAUAGCACACCAACACCACCUCAAGGUCAUCGUCCAGGGAGUGAACUAGAUGCUCUUAACCGAGACCUCGAGGCCUGUAUUCUCUCAGCACGGAACGACUUUGCCGCUGCUCCCUUUGAUCCCACGUCCCAGCAACGUCUGAAGGCACUGCUCGACCUCCAGACAAUCAUGCGAAACCAGCAGCUCACUCCAGAACAGCUUCGGCUAGUUCGCGAUCAACUUUCAGCCUUCAGGCCGCAGGCUUCAGCAGCUCAGAACCAAGUACCAAGUGCUCCUCCUGCUGCUGUACCUGCUGUCGCUACUCCAAUCCCUCCUCCGGCCCCGGUCUCUACUCCUCCAACCCAAACGACAUCCCAACCCUUGCAAAACCUGUUGAACUCGAGAACCCUUGCAGAACUUAUCAAGAAUACUGCAAUCCGCCAGCAACCUACUCCUCCACCCGCUAUUCCCAAUGUUAUGCCUCCAAUGCCCCAAAUGCCCCAGAUGGCUUCUGCUAGCUCCACACCACAGCCGGAAAAUCCGCUGAUUGCGGCUCUCCGAUCGCGUGGUAUUUUGCCUCCUGCAUCGGCUCCUCCAGCCAUGGGCUCUACGGGCCAAGGACCAACUAGAGAUUCGCUGCCUUUCCUCGUUUCCGGUGGAAUUAGUGGAAUGCGGUCUACACCUCCCGCUCCCACUCCGCCAGUAUCAAUGCCAGUUUCGUCCACAGUUCCUAUGAACACUGCCUCCAUGAAAAUUCCUCGCGUCGCUCUGGUGGUCUCUCUCUACGAAGCCAAGUCCAACCGGUGUGGUACUUGUGGACGCCGUUUUCCAACGACCCAGGAGGGUAAAGAGAAGAAAGCACGACACUUGGAUUGGCACUUUAAGACGAACCAGCGCAUGUCGGAGGCUGCUAAACGAGCUCAGACUCGGAGCUGGUACGUCGAUGAAAGGGAUUGGAUCAAAUCCCGCGAGGUCGAUGACGACCAGCCUGUAGCCGAUACAGAUGCCACUACUGAAGGAGGCGCUGGUGCAGAGGGCAAUGUUGCCAAGCAGGGCCUGCCCAAAGCGUGGAUCCGCGCUCCCAACGAUGGCACUCUCCGUAAUACCCCCUGUCCCAUCUGCCAGGAGAAGUUUGAGUCAACCUGGUCGGAAGACGUACAGGAUUGGAUCUGGCAGGAUGCCGUCAAGGUUGGCAGUCGGGUCUAUCAUGCCAGCUGUUAUGCCGAAGUCACCAAAGAUGGACCUGCACCGCGUAGCUCAACUCCCCAAGCGCGUACUGGCACACCCGACUCUGUGCUGGGCAAACGCAAGGCAGAAGGGACGGAUUCUCCGGGUGGGAAGACGCGCAUCAAGACAGAGGCAUGA